AUGACCGAAACCAUUACCGGUCGAAGUUCGCCUGGCGGGAUCAACGCAUAUCUGGUGUGGCAGCAGCCGCACCCAAUGUACAUGGCCAUGCUUGCUUUCAAGAGUAAGUCGACGAAGACGACGUUGAAGCGCUGGGAUCCGAUCUUGGAGGCGACUGCGGAUUACAUGGCAUCCUACGCAUGGUUCAACCAGUCGUCUGGCAGAUAUGAUCUAGGUCCACCUGUAAUUGGUGUCACUGAAAACACGCCCCCGGAGAACACCCUCAAUCUUGCUUACGAAGUUGCAUACUGGAGAUACGGCCUUGAAGUCGCCUGCGAGUGGAAGCAAAAACUCGGCUUACCUGUACCUAAGCACUGGGUGACUGUUGCAAAAAACAUGGCGAAGCCGCCUCAGAUCUGCGGACUAUAUGCGGUGUACGAGGGUCUCAACUCGAGCUGGUGGGAUGACCCGGCACUCAACUGA